GCCGUCUCCCGGAGGUUUUCUCGUUCUAAUCGACGACGGAGUGUCUUCUCCACUUGCUCAGAUGGAUCUCUCAGAAGAGAGAAAGCAUUCAAAGAGGCAAAAGGACUACAUCAACAUGCUUUCAUACACUUGCGAUUCAGAAUACGGGAUUCCGAGAAGGUGUUCCUGUGGUGGGAGAAUCAUCGACGAGGUUCGAGUGAAGCAGGAGUACGACACUCUUCCUGGGAAGCGUUUCUUCACCUGCGCCAACUACGAGGCUGAUGGGUUUCACUAUCGUCAGCCUUGGGUGAUUGGUGUCCAGGAGCAGAUCGAAAGCUUGACUAAGCGUCUGGAGGAGGCUGAGGAGGUGAUGAAGUUCGUACCGAGUCUGAAAACCAGAUUGAGACACUAG